AUGAAUAUGUUGGAAAGUCAGACAGCUCGACUCCUGCCUGCUUCUCGUCUCGAGAUGGGGGCACUCUGCGGUUUUCACAAUGCAGCCGUUGAUGUGACAAGUCAGGACGGUGAAGUUUAUACCGUGGAAGCGCAUCCUUGGAUAACAAACGAAGAACUAGUGAAUAGGGUUCUGAGGCACAGAGGAAUCGGAAAUCCCAGCGGUUGGAGUGUGGAGGUAGAGACAGACAAAGUGCUCUACUGCCCUAGCGGCUCUCAUUUCCUUCAUGACGUCAUUU